AUGAGCGCGUCUCCAGUUAUACUUGUCACAGCCGGAUCCGCGGGUCUCGGGUCUGCCGUUGCUCGACUGUUUGCCCAUAAUGGAUAUAGAGUUGUCAUCAAUUACAACACGGAUAGCGAGCGUGCUAGGACAUUGAUUGCAGAACUUUCUGCCCAACAUGCCAAGUUAGAUGAUGUUGAGGGAGCUACAACGAUAUCGCGAUAUAUCUCGAUCCAGGCCGAUCUGGCUUCGGCUCCGGAAAUCCGACGUCUGGUCAAGGAGACAUAUGCUGCCAUGGGACGUAUCGAUGUUGUGUUGUCGAAUGGAGGCUGGACCAGAUUCCGCGAUACAGCAUCGAUUGACGAUAACGUGUUUGAAGAAGACUGGGAUAGAGCAUUUAACAUGAAUGUGAAAUCUCACCUUUGGCUUUUGCAAGCAUCCAAGCAGUACCUCGAGGAAACGGAAGGGGCUUUCAUCACAACUGCAUCCCUUGCAGGCGUGACUGGUAUGGGUAGCUCUUUGGCCUACGGAACCACAAAGGCCGCCCAGUUACACAUGGUUAAGGGUUUAGCUUGUAUGGUAGCACCUAAGAUCCGCGUCAACAGUGUAUCACCAGGGCUACUGCAAACGGUGAGAUAA